UUCCCUUUCUGUACAAGUGCUGCCCCUCUUCCUUCUCGCUCCUGUGCAUACAAUACCAAGCAGUGGGGGCGGAAGCUCUGCGCACCAAUAAGCACAUUCAUACUUGCACACAUGCUUCACUCAGCGAUGCGAUGCGAUGCGAUGCGAUGCGUUGCUCUGCUCGCUCUGUUCGUCUCGGGCGAUGGGCUCCAUACACUCAGGGAGCGCUCCCUUCUCAAAAUGCCCCCUUCAUUCUCUGGCGAAACAGUCUAGUCCAGUCACUCACUCACUCACUCAAUCAAUCAAUCAAACAGCCAAAAUCGUCAACUUGGGAAAGAGAACCUAUUGCAUAACCAUCCAUUGGCUCAGGAAGCCGGAAGCCGGAAAAGGCCGGAAAAGCGGAUUUGGUGCGAAUACGAAGAUAACAAUACUCGGAUCGAAGCGGACCGAAAGAUUGGGGGGGACAAGAGCAAAAGAGAAGAAGAAGACAUAAGGCAGUGAAGGAAGUUGGAGCGUCUAGUGAAAUAUGAGAGUGCGUGAGUGUGAGUGUGUGUGUGUGGGAGAGAUAAGGGACCGUGCUUGGCUGACUGCUGGACGAGAUGGUCGUGCGUCUAGAGGACAGGGGGGGAUGGAAUCUUCAGGAAGACGAGGAGCGCUUGAGGAGGUAGGUUG